UCUCACCUGCCUCUGUCCGUCUGUCUGCAGGGUUAUACUAAGGUGAAGAGAGACGGGCGUUGCUGUGAUGAAUGUGUUCCUGCUAAAGGGAGCUGCCUGUACGAGGGCGCAGUGCGUUACCAUGGAGACAUGUGGAACAGCACGGGCUGUGAGUUCUGUACCUGUAACCGAGGUCAGGUGGUCUGUGAGAGGGCGGAGUGUGCUCGAGUAACGUGUCCUCAGGGGUCAGAGGUCGUUCAGAGCAGAUGCUGCCCCCAGUGUUCAUCUUUGAAACCAUCAUGCGUGUACAACGGGAAAUUUUAUGAGGAUCAGUCUCGGUGGUCUGAUGGUCUCUGCAGAGACUGUGAGUGUCGUGAUGCUCAGGUGAAUUGUUACCUGCGCUCCUGUCCCACCUGUCCCCCAGGUACGCUGACGGUCACCCAGGAAGGACACUGCUGCCCCGAGUGUCAACAAGUCCCCUGUCACUCAGACUGUCUGUCAUGUACGGGGUCUCCUGAUCACUGUGAGAGCUGCAGGGACAGGAAGGCUGUCCUCCAUCAUGGCCGCUGCCUGUCCGUCUGUCCUGCUGGAUUCUUCGCUGAAGGUCGAGUCUGUGCAGCCUGCCCCCCCUCCUGCGUCACCUGUACCAGCAGGGGGCAGUGUGAGACCUGUGGCCCCCUAAAACCUCUGCUGAGCCCUGACAGUCAAUGUGUGACGUCCUGUCCUCCUGGAUCAUACACAUACCUCCACACACACUGUCACUACUGUCACGAGUCGUGUUCAGAGUGCGACGGCCCGAGUCAGCAGGACUGUGUGUCGUGUUCGCACGCCGCCGCCUUGCUCAAAGACGGGCGAUGUGUUUCUGACUGUGGAGACGGAUUCUACAGUCAGGACGGAGUCUGCUACGCCUGUGACUCCUCCUGCGCCUCCUGUUUCCCUGACAACCCAAAGUGCAUGAGCUGUCUGUCAGGCACCGCACUGCAUCAUGGGAAAUGUAUUUCUGAGUGUCCUGACCAGCAUUACCUGGAGAACCACAGCAGGUGUCGAGUCUGUCACAGCUCCUGCUCCUCCUGCUGGGGUCCCUCUGUGUCUCAGUGCUCCACCUGUCCAGGUGAGCUCCUCCUCCACCUGGGUCAGUGUGUGGAGAUGUGUGGGGAGGGGCUCUACGCUCAGGAUGGCACCUGUCACAACUGCCACCCCACCUGUCGCUCCUGUGUGGGUCCUCUGUCCUCAGACUGUCUCACCUGUGUCAAACCUGAGGAGGUCCUGGUGCCUCAGGCUGCUUUGCUGCAGGGUGUCUGCUCUGCUGCGUGUCCCGCACACACAUUCAGGGAUCACACACACACCUGCACAGAGUGUCACUCCUCCUGCUCGAUCUGUUCUGGACACUCUGCAGAAAACUGCACUUCCUGUCCCGCCCCCUUCAACCUGCAUGAAGGAUGCUGUGUCCUCACCUGUCCACAGGUGUUCUUCAGACAAGACAACCAGUGCCAAGCGUGUCACCCGUCCUGUCAGUCGUGUUCAGGUCCCUCUCAGGCCGACUGUACCUCCUGCCCCCCCCUCACCGCCCUGCUGAGCGGAUACUGCAGAACGAGCUGUGAGGACGGACUUUACCAGAAUCCUGUGACCGGCGAGUGCACCAGCUGCAGCUCAGACUGCGGGCGGUGCUCGGCUGACCUGCACACAGGUGUUGGCAGUGUGUGUGUGUGGUGUAAGGAGACGAGGAGGUGGCUGCUGGGAGAUCACUGCGUCUCUGAGUGUCCCCGAGGACACUACGGCCAGCACGGAGCAUGCAUCAAAUGCAAUCCAUCCUGUGACUCCUGCAGUGGGGCGGGGCCUCUCUCCUGUACUUCCUGUCCUGUAAACAGCGUCCUGACGCUCUCGGGUCUCUGUGCUCCUCAAUGUCCCCUCGGUUACUAUGACGACGGUCACCAGGUCUGUCAGGGGUGUGACAGUCAGUGUCUCACCUGUGAGGUGGGCGGAGCCUGUUUGUCCUGCAGAGACCCCACCAAGGUGCUGCAGUUUGGAGAGUGUCAGUACGACACCUGUGCUCACCAGUACUACCUGAACACUUCCACCAGGGUCUGCAGAGAGUGCGAUUGGAGCUGUAACUCAUGCAGAGGUCCUCUGAGGACAGACUGUGUGCUGUGUAUGGAUGGAUACGUGCUGCAGGACAACGUCUGCACCCAGAGCUGCUCAUCGGGAUUCUACCAGGACGGGGACACUUGUGAGGGAUGUGAUGCUCACUGUGAGCAGUGUCGGGGUCCGGCUCAGUGUCAGCGCUGCACGCCUCCGUUUGCCAUCCUGCAGGGUCACUGUGUGCUGGAUUGUGGGCGGAGCUUCUUCAUGGACACCUCCUCUCAGCUGUGCAGACCGUGCUCCUCAGACUGUGUGCUGUGUGACGAUGACGCACGCUGCAGAGCCUGCACAGAACACGCUUACUUGAUGGACGGGUUCUGCACGCCUGACUGUGGGCGGGGCUACUACGCUGACGUGAAGACCAGGACCUGCUACGUGAACGCCCACCCCCCCACCCUGCAGGUGAACGGGUCUCUUCUGGUACCUGUAGGGGGCGUGACCUCGCUGCCCCCCUCCCUGCUGCAGGUGAAGGACCCUGACAGUCCAUCUGAGCUUCUCAGGGUCCAGGUGAUUCAAAGUCCCAGUAAUGGCCAGCUGCUCCUCUUCAAGGCGGAGGAGGGGAAAGGACGAGAGCUGAGCCAGGACGACACCUUCACGUGGGGCGAGCUAAGAACAGGACGGGUCCGGUUCAGCCAUCAGAGAGACAGAUCCAGGAGCGGAGAGUUCAGUGUUCGAGUCGCCGACCCUCAGCUGUUUUCACAAACACAACGUGUUCAAGUUCAAGCUGUGUCCAUGCAGCCUCCAAAGGUCGUCACUCUCUCUCCUCUAACUGUGGACGGUCGAGGCACCAUGGCGACCAUCACCAAGUCGGUCCUGCAGGUCGAAGACCCUGACAACGCGGCAGACGUCCUGAUCAUGGUCCUGGACCCGCCCCGCCACGGCUGGCUGACCCGUCUCCAUGGUGACCGGCCGCUGAGCAGGUUCAAGCUGGAGGAUCUAAGCCGGGAACAGAUCCAGUACCAACACGACGGGACGGAGGAGGAGCGGGACUGGGCGGAGCUACAGGUCAAUGACGGACACACCUACAGGAACAUCCUGCUGCAGAUACACAUCAAUCAUAAGGUGUCUGACUCUCCUCACAUGCUCUCGCUGCCGAUGACCUGGGUGCGAGAAGGCGGGAUGGUUCGUCUGGAUAAGAAAUACCUGCAGAGCGACAUCAGAGGCGUGAGCUCUGAGACCAUCGUCUACAGCGUCCAAUCAUCAGAGGGGACGCCUAAACAUGGUGAGGUGGUGUUGAUGUCCAUGCCGGCUGACGGCCCACCUGAAGGAUGGCGUCCGUCUCUGACAGGUGAUGGAGGUUUCACGGCGACGAGUUCUUUCACUCAGCAGGACGUGAACGACGGCUCGGUGUGGUACAGACACCUCGGACCCGGGACCGACAGAGACUCCUUCAUGUUCCAGGUGUCCACAGACUCCACCCCCUUCAUACAGAGUGAUGCUCAGACCUUCACCAUCGGAGUCCUCCCUCAGAUCCCGGGGUUCCCCCAGCUCGCCCCGGACUGCGACCUUCAGAUCACGGCUCUGGAGGACCGGGUCACUGAGAUCACUCCUGCUGCUCUCUCCUUCAUCGACUUGGAAACACCGAGCGACAAACUCGUCUACAACGUCACCAAAGCUCUGCCGCCAGGACACGGUGCGAUCGAACAUCGUGACCGAGCGUACACACACGUGAAGCUUUUCACUCAGGCUGACGUCAACAACGGAAAGAUCGUCUACAGACCGCCACCUGCUCCCUCACACCUGCAGGAGCUCUACCAGUACUCCUUCACAGGUCUGCCUGAAUCUCUGAGUGUCUACUUCACAGUGACUGACGGAGAACACACGACCCCUGAGCUGGACUUUGCCGUCCUCCUCCUCUCCAAUCAUCAGCAGCCUCCCGUCUUUCAGGUCCUCGACCCCCUGCUGGAGGUGAGCGUGGGGGGGCGGGCCACUAUCGGCGGUCAGCAGCUGGCGGUCAGUGAUGCUGACACGGCUCCAGACGAGCUGGAGUUUGAGCUUGUUGAAGGUCCGAUCCACGGAGAGCUGAUAAAAACGGAGGGCAGUGAACACACCAGCAUGAACAACGGUGAUACCUUCACCUUCAGUGAUGUCACCCGGAGCGUUCUUCAGUACCGACACGCCGGCCUCUCCGCUCAGGAGGACGCCAUCACGUUCUCCGUCAGUGAUGGGAUUUCCAUGGCGACCACGGUGGUGCAGGUGGUGGUGCUGGGCGCCGGUGGCGAGGGGCCGCAGCGAGACCCGGCAGCGUCUCUGUCAAUGGAAGUUGGCGAGCGGAGCAGCACUGUGAUCAGACGCACACACCUGUCGUACACUGAUGAGUCGUCUCCUGACGAGCAGAUCCAGAUCCAGCUGGUGUCGGUGCCGAUGUACGGCGUGCUGAGCCGCAGUCAGAGCCAGCAGGAGAACGAGGAGCUGAGGGAGUACUCGUCCUUCAACAUGGAGGACAUCAAGAGCAGAGGCGUCAGGUACAUCACCUCUGUGGAGACGGGCAGUCAGCCAAUCACAGACAUCUUCCACUUUGUGGUUUAUGACGGAGACAACAAUCGCCUCGACAACCAGAUGUGCACCAUCACUAUCACCUCGUCACCACGGCAACCACCAGAGGUCACCGUCCACGGUAGCAUCAAGGUGGAGGUCGGAGGCCGAGUGCAGCUCUCCACCAAUCACAUCACGGUGUCUGACCUGGACACGCCCAGGAAGGACCUGCUGGUGUGGCUGGUCAGUCCUCCGAAGUACGGCUUCAUCGAGAACACGAGGCGAGGGGGCUCUGUGGGCGGCUCGCGGGUCGUCACCCCUGACGUCCCGUUCUCCAUGGACGACCUGACGUCUGACCACAUCUUCUACGUUCAGGACGGUAAAGCUCGGGUCCAACAGGACGCGUUCAGCUUCUACAUCAGUGACGGACACAGUCAGACCGAGGCCUUCAGCGUGGAGGUGGACAUCCAG